AUGCAACCCACGCGCAUCCUCCGCGCAACCCGCCAACCCCUAAUCAAGUUCCUGGGCAAGCGCAAUGUCCCGAAAAACAUCGACCACACCCCUCACGCCCACCCCGCCGCCCCUAACGACAGCCUCCCCGAAUCUUUCGCCCAAUAUCGCAACCGUGCCAUCCAACACGGGCCUCUCGGCGGCCAGCAGCAGCAGACUGGACAACGUGCGCAACAGCAGCAGCAGCAGAGCAGCGCGUCGAGUACGGUAGCGCCGCCGUCCGGGAUGGAGCCGUAUGGAGGUAUCGGCGGCAAGUCAGGGAAGCAGCUGGGGGACAUUCAGCCAGCGAAGGGGCAGUUCUUCGAUCGGGAUGAGCUUCCGGCGAGGUUCCGAAGAAGACCGUUCAGUGAGGCGGAGAUGGAGGCCGUGGAUAGCGCUGGGGCGAGUAUGUGGUGA